AUGUCCUCCGCACGUUGCAUUGAUGGUUCACUGAAAGAUGCCAGCAAGAUUGAUUGGUACAAUGAUGCCAAUGAUGACACUCUGAUGCUUCCUCCCCCUCCCCCUCCCCCUCCCGCACAUAAUGACACUCUCAGCUCUUUCAUAUGUCGCUCAGGUUGUGCUGUCAAACCUACAGAGAAGGUCUGUGAGACUUCCAGCAGUAAUUCAGUCAAACUGUCAGCUCCAGGACCUCCUCGAGGUGCCUCUGCACCCAAGCAAGCAUUUUCUGGUACUGGCAGCCAAGAGGAUGAGGAUGAGGACACCAAAGAAGAAGCCCCACCACUCGAGGAUUUCACGGAUGACAAAGAAGAGAACGAGAAUGAGGAAGCUUACCAGAGAACGAAAAACCUUGGUGACCAGGAUUGUGAAGACCAUAAAUCUCUCAAGAAGGAUGAACACAGCGCUGACUUGACUAUGGUCUUUACCUUUGAGAAAGGUUGUGUCAACCCCCACACCCAGAAGCAUGAAAAUGGGUGGUGGUGUGAGAUUGGUGCAUUGAAACCAAGGACACGUACUACUACUAGGAUGCGCUGGGUCACAGAUGUGUCAGCAAGGUCACAUGAGUGCACAUUUUACACCAAAAAUAUGGUCAUGCAAAGGGGUCCAUGUGCUGCAGGCGUGCGGGAAAGCUGCGAAGGGGUCACUCUCUCAGAAAUCAGAGGUCUUGUGAAGGGGUUGAUGGUCCUUAAGCUUUACAAGAUGCUUCAUCAUCCCAAAGGAGCACCUGUUGUCCUUAUGCAACUCAGAUUGUCUGCUCUGUCUCUCAGAAUUUUCGGUUGUACUACUGUGACAUUAAAUACAUAUGGUGAAUCAGGUCCUCCACAUCCAACUCUUCUUCAAUCUCUUCUUUGGUACACUCCAAAGCAGUGUUGCCUGAAAGCCCAAGCAUGUGGCAAGUUGCUUGACAUGCUCGUCAUACCCAAACUGCGCAAAGCGCGCAAUAUCUUGAGCAUGGAUUUGAUGGUCCACAUGGACAUCGACAGUUUCGGCAUCUGA